AUGAUUUUUCCGAAACAAAAUAACACCAUGAUUUUAUAAACAUGCCAAUUAAUUUAUGGAGAUAUUUUUACGUUAGAAUGGAGAAACGCUGGGAGAUUGAUAUCUCAGGAGUGAAGGCUACACAGUGGAGAAGUUAGAACCAACAGCCGUCUCCAUGGACCCGGUGAUGGCAUUCAGCACCAUAUUCAAGAAAGCCUCCAACUUUCUGGGGAUUGGGUCAGAUUCACCCAAACACCCUCCCCUUGAUGGAGAGAUCAUUUAUUGUAAGAACAAUGUGUGUGUACAUCCUCCAGCUCCCAUGACGAUGGAUACAGAGCACCAUCCUGGCUACCUCACUCUCCGAUCACAACACGAGGAGAGGAGAAAAUCUGACAGAAGCUGGGUUGUGUUUACGACUGGAAAAGACUACAGACUACAGAACAAUGGCCCCACACUGAUUCUGACCUGGAUACCGAAUUCUUCACUGAAGAAGAAUCCUCGCAGCAUAGAGAAUAGUCCCAACCGAACCGAUGUGUCGACCCCUAAGGUCAGUCCACGGCGCCCUCCACGCCCAGACUUCGCCCGGUCUGAUCAGCCAACUCCUUCCCCCAGCAGUUCUCCACGCGGAUCUUGUGUUUCCGUCAGCAGUGACGUGUGUGAUGUUGCUAGCUCUAAGGUACAUAAACGUAUAAGUAUUGACAAUGGCAGCAUGGUGUCUGAAUGUUCCCGUGAAGAUUACUGCGACAGCUGGGGUCCACACGAAGACCUGGGACGCAAACUCAGUACCAGUAACAAGUCACAAACUGACUCGGGGAUCGGCCCUGACGAGGUGUUACAGAAUAAUGAGUUACCCGCCCCUAGUUUAAGUAAAGGGGUGCGAGUGGGACUAACUGUCAAUAAUCUCCAUUGUCAAAAGGAGGGAAAUACCAACGGGAAGAUGCCCCCUUGUCUCGACUCCUCUUCUCCUGACACCAGUGAUGGUCUGACGCCGGAGGAACAGCUGGCCGCAAUGCUCAAUAGGAAUAAACUACGCGCAAAGCCAACACGUGAUCGCAUCGACUCUAAUAAGUCUGUGAGUAUUGAAAUGAAUGGUGACAAUCUGGUAGUGGUAACCGAGGAAGUGGACAGGGCUGAGAAAUAUGAUUUCCAGGACUGUAAUAUUAACAAAAAUGACAGUAAGUUUGACAGCAGCAGUUCCACAGAUAUAGAACAGAAUAGUCUGAGUUCUGACUCCACGCAUACAAGUCCUUCAGGGGGACAUUACAGUCGGAUGGUACAGGAGCUUUGUGAGGACACCAACAGUCUUACAGAAUCACCAAAGACAGGUCCAAAUGUUCCAACACAGUUACAAUUAGUUACUGACAAUCAGGUUUAUCAGCACGAUCUAACAACACCGGACAUCAGUGUUACAAGGUAUCGUUUGUCUUCCUCCUCGACCAGUACAUCUGGGCCUGAUUCUGGCCCUCCCAGCCCUUCACUUGUCUCAUCACCUGACUGGGACCAGCCUCCCGAUACACCUUCAAGCUGCGAAUCUGGUGCACACAACCUCACCUUCCCUCACAACUCACUAGGCCCCGGUGGAGUACGACACGAAAACAAAUGUGCUAAGGAUCAAGUAUGCGGGGUAUUCUCUGUUGAUUUAGGGCAGAUGCGGUCACUGCGACUCUUUUAUAGUGAUCGAGGCUGUAGUAAGGGACAGGUCGUCAUCGCUAGCAGAGAAAGCCAAUACAAAAUUCUUCAUUUCCAUCAUGGAGGCCUUGAUAAACUUGCUGAAAUCUUUGAUGAUUGGAACUUAUUUGCAAAAACGCAGGAAAAGAACAAGGAGACUGAUCGAAACUACAGCCAGUUUCUGAUUGUGCGACCACAGCUAACGGACGAGCAGUGUCACCCAGAGGAAGGUGUGUACAGUGUUGUUUGUGACGAGAUGUGGAAACGUCAUAUGACCGUGGAUGGCAUUAUAGAGGAAGACUUCCAACUCCGUAAGAGUAUUUUCUUCGGUGGCCUGGAGCCGUCCCUACGACACGAAACAUGGCCUUUCCUGUUACAUUAUUAUCCCUAUCGUUCAACAUAUGAGGAACGUGAACACAUUCGUAACGACCGCUACAUCGAUUAUCAGAACAUCAGAAAGAUUGGGGAAUUAAUGACAGAGGAAGAACAAGAUGAGUUCUGGCGUAAAAUUCAGUCAAUUGUGGAGAAGGACGUGGUGAGAACUGAUCGAACACAUCCAUAUUUCCGCGGAGAAGAUAACCCAAACAUCGAGGUGCUCAAGAAUAUAUUGUUGAACUAUGCAAUGGCGAACCCCCACAUGGGCUACACACAAGGGAUGUCGGAUCUAUUGGCCCCAGUCCUCGCAGAAAUCCAGAAUGAGGCUGAUGCUUAUUGGUGCUUCACAGGGCUCAUGCAGCGUACAUUAUUUGUCAGCUCUCCAAAGGACUCUGACAUGGACAAACAGUUGAAUUACUUGCGAGAACUGAUACGUAUCAUGUUACCAGAUUUCUAUAUGCAUCUCAAGAGACUUGGCCAGGAUGCCAUGGAGCUGCUUUUCUGUCACAGGUGGAUCCUCCUCUGCUUUAAGCGUGAGUUCCCUGAAGGUGAUGCCCUGAAGAUUUGGGAGUCAUGCUGGGCCCAUUAUCAGACCGACUACUUCCAUCUAUUUAUUUGUGUAGCUAUUGUUAGUAUCUAUGGUGAUGAUGUCAUUGACCAGGGUCUCCCAGCUGAUGAAAUUCUGCUCCACUUCAGUAGCCUUGCCAUGCAUAUGAAUGGAGAUAUGGUGCUCAGAAAGGCAAGAGGUUUGUUGCACCAGUACAGAAAGAUUCCAAAGAUUCCCUGUACACUACAUGGCCUGUGUACCCUGUGUGGGCCGGGUAUGUGGGACAGUGGACAUGUUCCUAUAGUCGCCUGUGUUGGAAAUCACCCUGAUGGGGUCUGUCCUUACCACAGUAACCCUAGUACUCCAAACUCACCGGACCACCAACAACCAUAGUUAUCAGUACUCCAAACUCACCUCACCACCAACAACCAUAGUAACCCCAAUACUCCAAACUCACCUCACAAACAACAACCAUAGUUACCAGUACUCCAAACUCACCUCACCACCAACAACCAUAGUUACCAGUACUCCAAACUCACCUCACCACCAAAACCUUAGUUAUCAGUACUCCAAACUCACCUCACCACCAACAACCAUAGUUACCAGUACUCCAAACUCACCUCACCACCAACAACCAUAGUAAUCAGUACUCCAAACUCACCUCACCAACAACCUUAGUUAUCAGUACUCCAAACUCACCUCACAAACAACAACCAUAGUUACCAGUACUCCAAACUCACCUCGACAAAAACAACCAUAGUUAUCAGUACUCCAAACUCACCUCACCACCAACAACCAUAGUAACCCCAAUACUCCAAACUCACCUCACAAACAACAACCAUAGUUAUCAGUACUCCAAACUCACCUCUCCACCAACAACCAUAGUUACCAGUACUCCAAACUCACCACCAACAACCAUAGUUACCAGUACUCCAAACUCACCUCACCACCAACAACCAUAGUUACCAGUACUCCAAACUCACCUCGACAACAACAACCAUAGUUACCAGUACUCCAAACUCACCUCACCAACAACCAUAGUUACCAGUACUCCAAACUCACCUCACCACCAACAACCAUAGUUACCAGUAAUCCAAACUCACCUCGACAACAACAACCAUAGUUACCAGUACUCCAAACUCACCGACCACCAACAACCAUAGUUACCAGUACUCCAAACUCACCUCACCAACAACCAUAGUUACCAGUACUCCAAACUCACCUCACCAACAACAACCAUAGUUACCAGUACUCCAAACUCACCUCGACAACAACAACCAUAGUUACCAGUACUCCAAACUCACCUCGACAACAACAACCAUAGUUACCAGUACUCCAAACUCACCUCGACAACAACAACCUUAGUUAUCAGUACUCCAAACUCACCGGACCACCAACAACCAUAGUUACCAGUACUCCAAACUCACCUCACAAACAACAACCAUAGUUACCAGUACUCCAAACUCACCUCACAAACAACAACCAUAGUUACCAGUACUCCAAACUCACCACCAACAACCAUAGUUAUCAGUACUCCAAACUCACCUCACCACCAACAACCAUAGUUACCAGUACUCCAAACUCACCUCGACAACAACAACCAUAGUUACCAGUACUCCAAACUCACCUCACCAACAACCAUAGUUACCAGUACUCCAAACUCACCUCACCACCAACAACCAUAGUUACCAGUAAUCCAAACUCACCUCGACAACAACAACUAUAGUUACCAGUACUCCAAACUCACCGACCACCAACAACCAUAGUUACCAGUACUCCAAACUCACCUCACCAACAACCAUAGUUACCAGUACUCCAAACUCACCUCACCACAACAACCAUAGUUACCAGUACUCCAAACUCACCUCGACAACAACAACCAUAGUUACCAGUACUCCAAACUCACCUCGACAACAACAACCAUAGUUACCAGUACUCCAAACUCACCUCGACAACAACAACCUUAGUUAUCAGUACUCCAAACUCACCGGACCACCAACAACCAUAGUUAUCAGUACUCCAAACUCACCUCACCACCAACAACCAUAGUUACCAGUACUCCAAACUCACCUCACAAACAACAACCAUAGUUACCAGUACUCCAAACUCACCUCACAAACAACAACCAUAGUUACCAGUACUCCAAACUCACCACCAACAACCAUAGUUAUCAGUACUCCAAACUCACCUCACCACCAACAACCAUAGUUACCAGUACUCCAAACUCACCUCGACAACAACAACCAUAGUUACCAGUACUCCAAACUCACCUCACAAACAACAACCAUAGUUACCAGUACUCCAAACUCACCUCAC